AUGAGCCGGGUUUGGCCUGCGGAGAUGAAAGGGCUUAUUGCAGAGGACUUUACAUCUUUGACUUCUUCAAUUUUUGAACCUCGGAAAAAGUCUCCUGGCAAGCAUACCGACUCUCCUGAAGAGAGCUCUGCCUGUAGAUUCCGCGACGAGUCGGACGGACAUCUCGUCACCGUGAGCGACUACUCCACACGAAAACCAUCAUGGAUAGUCGUCGCAAUGAUCUCGCGCCUCAUUUCGAGCGCCACUAUUAAGAGAUAUGUGUCUGAGCGGAGUUCGAAAUUGAAGGUGUCGGCCUUGGACCAAAAGUUCGACUAUGGGCUCGACGCCGACGAGCUCAAACCUCAGUACGAUAUUUAA